CCCUCCAUUCUCGCUUUUAUUCCCUUUCCUCACUCCCCAUAAUGUUUGUUUGGCAGUAGACGGAAGCGGCCACGUCGGAGGCCUCCAAACAGCGCCGUCAUGAUUGUUAGAAACCAAAAGGCAGUCAACAAUACAGCGCCUCCAUGCCUGGUCUAGCAGCCUUGAGAUCGCCUCUGUCUUUGAAGGUUCUGGUAGUCUGAGGAGGCGCCAGGUACAUAAUUGAGUGGAGGCUACACCAGAUUACAUUUUUUUCUCUCCUUUUUUUCUUUCUUGCGUUCUUACAGCCUCCAGUGGAAUUUCGAUUCUUGGCCUCGGGUAUACAGGCUGUUCCACUGCAUUAUCUGGCCGGGAGAAGAACGUUUCCCAAAGACAAUGAAUACCUGAGCAGGUUUCUGGGUAGAGUUAGGAAAUUAUAUUGUUGUACAAGGAGGCUGUCUCGGGCGUCAAGGUCCUUUCGAGGUGUAACUAAGACUUAAUACACGGGGGUGAUGCUGUCCUUUUUCCCUUUGUCUGUCCUUCUCUCCGCUCCUGCAUUCUGAUCUAUCGGUCUUUCUGUCAGUCUACUCGUUAUUUAUAUACCUUCCCUUCGUUGUUUACUGUAUGUUGAUUUUAUGUACAUGUAAUACAAUUUUAGGUUCAAGUUUUUUUCAGGUGUUACCAUAAACUACGUAAAUAAUGGAGCGAUCAUAUUUCCUACACCUGAUAUAUCUUUCCUAGAAAAUGAUCACCUGUAUACCGACGGCAAGGUUUGGAGACAGAAAUAAACUAUAUAUAGUUCCGAGUACAGUAGAUGAGCCCUGUUCCUCGUCACAGCUGAUCGAGGCGGCCGUCACAGGCACAACAGCUCCGUCACGGCUGCUUACCUGGGAAGAGCAAUUUGUUUGUGUACCUCACCGUAACCACCUUUCAUUCAUUCUGUAAACGUAGGUAAUUAACUCUUGUUUGAAAAUUUCCCGGUCGAACCUCACCUAAUUUGUUGAAAUAGGUAAUUAGUGAUUAAUACUCUUGGUUAUGUCCCCGUGUCCGAAAUGGGAACCUAUUUAAUGGUAUUCCCACCAAACAAGUGUUGGUUCAGGUGUCCCCCUUUGGUAAACAGCCCCGAUUAGGCCUCUCCUCUGCUCCCAGGGCCCGGAUUGGAACCUAUUCAUUGAUUGGGGUAAUGACGUGAAAUUGGUUCGUAUCAAAAGUAACAUUAAUGGCCAGGUAAGCGGCGGUAGUAUUCAGGCAGGCGUCGGUGUAAGCGGAGCGCCCAGACAUUUACUAACAAAUGUGUAAUGAUCACAGUUCCGAGACCUCCUUUUUCUUACUUUAUUUCUGAUUCGGUGCAAGAAUAGAGCUGCAAUAAAAAGAUAAUCGUCUAUUUUUCGCAACUCGUAAGCAGUAGGAGAGGUCUUAUUUUUAAUUGUUUUGUACAGUUCUUUCUGUAUGUACGUGAUGCUUGUGUGUGUGUGCACGCAAGUGACCUUCGUGUACGUGAGAAGUACAGCAGUGUGCACGUGAGCUGUAGUCACAAGUGGCAUUGCCAUCACCGUGAGGAAAGUAAGCGUGGGUACGUGAGGCGUUUAAGUACGUGACCAUUUGCAGAAUGUCGCAAGCUGUUGCCAUGAAAUCUUACCGAAGGUCUCGAGCCUCGGAAAGAACGCCGACGGCCCAGCAGAAGGCGGCGAGGGAGGACGUGGGCGCCCGCAUCCGAACGCCACGUCUGGCCGACAUAGUGGCCGUUCGCGGCGUAAUUGGCCCGGCGGGACGCGUAGGCCUCGGCAGAGUUCCGUUUCGGCGGAAAGCCGAGUUUCAUCCAACGGGACUCAUUGUCUGCGCCUGUAACGUACCCGGAGAUAAACAUUAAAGGCAGCCGGAAAUGAGGUCAUGAAUGGAUGGCGAGCAGAGCCAGAUUUGAAAGGGAUGAAGGAAACGGUUAUCCCCCAAAUUAUUGACGAAAAAAAUCACUUCCUCAGCUUUGAGGGCCAACAAUGUAUGUGGUUUGCGGGCGCGCACGUGGCGGAGCUAACCUUUGGAUGCAGGUGUGCAGCUUUGUAGCGAGGCGGCUGCAGGAAGUCGCAGCCAGGAACUGAGAGCUGGCUGGCCGCUCAGGAGGGUUCCGGGGUCCCCGCAGGCCGUGGCCCCCGCGCCCGACGCCGUUCCGAAGGGGCCUGGUAAGCUACAAGGGCGGGGGGACGCACUAGCAUCGGUGCGCCCGUAAUCUUCAUAUCUUUUGUUGUGAAAUGCAUUAUUUUUGCCAUGUGCUCUUGUUAGACGAAGAAUAUCGCCAUUGGCGGAACGUGUACUUGAAGAGCGCUGUUAUUGGCUGCUCGUGUGCCGUGGCCACGCCCCGCGAGAGGGGCGGAGCCAGCAGGGCCCCACCCCAUGACCUGCUGACCCGCCGCCCUCUGCGCAUGCGUCGCCACCUGCACACUUGUGAAUGAUAGCAAAAGUGAGCGGGCGGGGACGGCGUGGCAAGCGCGCCAUUCCGCGUGAAAUGAGCCGUUAGUCAGAACGGUACCAUCGAGGAGAACACACGCGUAGCCCGGAGCAGGCCCGCUCAGCCUGCCGCCCGCGACCACCGCCCUCCACACACACCGCGAAAGUGAUAUUUCCACAUUGUUGGCCGGCCAGUUUUUGCUUGUGUGCCCCUGGUGCCAGUGCGGGUAGACCAACGCCUCACUCCGUCCCCGCCCGGCCCCGCAGCCACAGCACCUCCACCUCCUCUCCGACUUCUUGUCUAGUCAAGUCCGGUGGUGCCCGGCUUAGGGUAGCGCCACCGGCGUCCCCUUCCUCAGUGCCAACCCCGCCUGCCUUCUAUAGGCCUACGUGUGACAGCAUAUACAGCUUCCCCUUUAACAAGAAAUUAGUUGAGUGACUGGAGUUGUCAGUGACGAAGAACUUGUAGGAGACCUCCGCUCUCCUUUGUGGACAGUGCUGUGUCAGAUAACGCUGAUGGAUACCUGCGCCAGUGCCUUACAGUGCCUAGCCAGUGCUUGUGUGUUCCCCCCGCAGUGCAUACCCCAGAGGCGCGUGCGUGGAUUCCCUUAACUAGAAACCGAGCCUCCUCUCCGUCCACCCAUUGUGACUUUCGCCUCGCGUGUUAAAACGAAUUUUCUCCAAUCAUUGUAUUGCCCUCUUCUCGCUGGAUGAUAUAGUGAGGCCGGAGUGUACAUGAGCGCCGACGCCGCGUCUUGUCUGCCUGCCAAUGUGCUGCCUCUUGCGAACAUCCAUGCUCCUUGUUGAAGGCGUGGACGUUACUCAGGAGUCCCCUCUUGCCCCCGACGAGACCCCCGCUGCCCCCCCGUCCUCUUUCACCCCGCCGCAUAGCCACGCCCAUAACAUGCUCGUCCUCCAACCACAGCAAUCCCUUCUCCACCCGAGCGUGGCUGAAGCCCUGUCGGCGUCCUACGGUCUGGCGUCCACCUUCGGAGAUGACUCCCUCAGCGGAACCACCAGCGAGGAGUUCAAGAUAAGCUCAGCGUUCACAGCCACGCCGGCGCCGAGCUACGGCGAGGGCGGCAGUGAAGCCUCCUUCACCGAUGUCUUCCAGACCGACUACCUGCUGGCGGCCGCCCCCCUCGAGGACCUCAAGCCCGUCAUCAGCCACCCGUCUUCGGGGACGCCCCCUCCCGGAUCGCCAGGUCACACCGCAGUCACCGCAGCCUCGUCCGCAGCGGCCGCGGCUGCAGCUCUGCCAAGCUUCCAGGAAACUUACUCUCCGCGGUACAGACCGCUGGACGCUGAUGUGUUCACCUUCAAGACCGACAACGGGCGGCCCGUGGAGUACCCGCAGCCCCCGCCGGCGCACCAGGCUUUCCCUCAGGCUUCCCCGCAGCACCAGCAGCAGCAACAGCUACAGCAGCAAGCCCAGUUGAACACACAGCAGCAGCAACAACAGCAGCAGCAGCAACAACAACAGCAGCAGCAGCAACAGAGCACAGGCCCCUUCGAGGCCUACGCCCAUUCACCCCAGGUGUACGCCCGGCCCGCGCCCUACCCCAGUCCUUCCGUUCCCGUCACACACGGCUACUCCGGCCCCGCCAAGACGUUCAGCGGCGACUUCUACCCCAGCGCCCCCACCUACGACGCUCUCCAGCCCCUCCAUCCAGACCAGUACAUGCGUCCCUCCACGUCCCACCACUACCCGGAGAUGGGCGGCGCCUCCACCUCGAGCACGCCCCCCAUGCCCUUCCUGAGCCGCAAGGGGGCAGGGGAGCACAUGGACCCCUCGCUGAUGCGCUCGCACCUGCCCCCCAUGGCGUCCGGGCGCCCCGCCUCCGAUCAAAAGCCACAGUCGCCAUCACAGCUGUGCGCCGUCUGUGGUGACACGGCUGCCUGUCAGCACUAUGGCGUUCGUACCUGCGAGGGUUGCAAAGGCUUCUUCAAGCGAACCGUCCAGAAAAACGCCAAGUACGUCUGUCUCGCCGACAAAAACUGCCCCGUCGACAAGCGGCGCCGCAACCGAUGUCAGUUCUGUCGUUUCCAAAAGUGUUUGGUGGUGGGCAUGGUCAAGGAGGUGGUGAGGACCGACAGCCUGAAGGGCCGCCGAGGGCGCCUGCCCAGCAAGCCCAAAAGUCCCCAGGAGUCCCCGCCCUCCCCGCCCGUGUCCCUGAUCACGGCGCUGGUGCGGGCGCACGUGGACACCACCCCGGACGUGUCCAACCUCGACUACUCGCAAUACCGCGAGCCCUCCAGCGGCGGCGACUCCCCGACCACGGAGGCCGAGCGCAUCCAGCUCUUCUACAACCUCCUCACCUCAAGCAUCGAAGUCAUCCGCCACUUCGCCGAGAAGAUCCCCGGCUACCACGACCUCGCCCGCGAAGACCAAGACCUCCUCUUCCAGUCAGCCUCCCUCGAGCUCUUUGUCUUAAGAGUAGCCUACAGACUCAUGAACAACCCCGAGGACACGAAAUUCGUCUUCGACAGCGGCCGAGUGUUGCACAGGUCCCAGUGUGAGUGGUCCUUCGGCGAGUGGCUACAAGGCAUCUUGGAUUUCUCAGCAUCGCUAAAAUCGAUGGAAUUGGAUAUUUCAGCAUUUGCUUGCCUCUCCGCUCUGACGAUCAUUACAGAGCGCCACGGCCUCAAGGACACCAAAAAGGUGGAGCAAUUGCAGAUGAAGAUCAUCAGUUCGCUGAGAGACCACGUGACCUACAACGCCGACGCCCAGAAGAAGCCUCACUACUUCUCCCGCAUCUUGGGGAAGUUGCCGGAGCUCCGGUCGCUGUCCGUGCAGGGCCUGCAGAGGAUCUUCUACCUGAAGCUGGAGGACCUGGUCCCGGCGCCCCAGCUGAUAGAGAACAUGUUCGUGUCCAGCCUUCCCUUCUGAAUCGGCGAGAGAACGAAAAAACGUCUCAAGAUUGUAAAACCAUUAGGCUCAACGAUCUUCGUCUCGAAGUCGUGUUGUGAGCUUGGCUCCUGACGAAGCUGGGACCCAUUGGUCGAGCUGACGUGGCCACGGGCCUGCCGGAGAAGCAGAGGGCGACGACGCCAGAUUCCCGUGUUACCUUCCCGCCCGCGUCAACGCUGCCCACUGCCCACGCCCAGCCAGGCCUGCUGUUCAAUGGCCACGCUCCUCAUGUAAACAUACCCCAUGCAGGAGGCUGCUGUACACUCCCCCGCGGAGUCAUGCCCACAGAAUAAAAACAAAAGUAAGAGUGCAUUGUAGUUGUCACGUGACGAAGGGGCAGCGUACGUGCAGACACACUUCAUAUUUACAGAUUUUAUUGAGAGUAUGAAUGCAUUAUAUUUUCAACAAUCGGUAUAAGAAGAAAGGCCCUUGGCGGUUUGUUCGGCCUUGUCGGCAUGAGAGUAUGAAAGCUCUGGUGUGCAUGAUAUGAGACUUGUCAGUUCGGUGGGACGCCCUUGACAAACUAGUCAUUCUGUGAUUUACUGGAAAAAAAAGAUUUGAAGGAUGAGUAAUGAGAAUAUUGUUUAUACUUUGAGCUCAGUAAAGCUUGAUUCCGUAUUUUUGUAAUUACUUUUAAGUCAACUUAGAAUAGUCUGAAAUACAAUAUUUUCGGCCUUACCUUGUGCAUAGGUAAUUGUACAAAACCCUGUACAUAAAUACUCUUAUAAUUUGGGCUCCUUGAAUCCCAAUGUCGCAGAACCGGGAACCAGAAUUGGUCCAAGGAACUCUCUUCGCCAGCAUCACCCAAGAGCGAAAACCACUCAAGCAUGAAUUCUGUAUCACUUAGGCUCUACGUAAGAGAUCUCCACAAACUUGUCGGCUAUGCUGAUUCUCCCAUUUAUGUCAGGAGGUUUUUACUCUGUGAUACAGAAUCGCACCCCCUCCCUCCCUUCUCAAAAAAGGAAAGCCUAUUUGAACGCAAUGAUGCCAAAGAAGAUCUCGUCUUCUGAAUUUCUAUUUAGAAUUCUUAAUCCAAUACGUACUCGAUGGUGCUGUGGAACUCAAAACAAACAUUGGCCAAGAAUAAGUGCAAAAAAAAGAGACGAUUGUUUGCAAUAAUGUUCCUUGGGCCCUUCUCGUUACCACUUCCUCCUUCGGGACGCGCGCUUCUUUUGUCCGAAGCGCGCCGAUCCCCUGGAAAAAGGAUGCGAUUCCUCCUACAAAAGGGGCACCUGUUCCAGAAUCCGUGUUUUGAAUCUUAUUUUUUGUCUCCGUUGACUGUGUAUUGGCCCGGUGAUAAUACUAUGGAGUAAUUGACCUACUAACGCUUUUUUGGUCUAGCUGGGAGUUACAUAGAAGGGUUCGAAGUCCCCCAAUGUGCUGCUAGAACUAAUUUUUCCUGUGGAAGUUUUAAGUACCUGUAGCCUAUACGCGGCGCCCGUCUGUAACUCUGCUGACGAGACUAUUAUUGCCAUGGCUUCAAGCCUAUAUUGUGUCCCAAUUUUAACGUUGUCUGGUCACUGUUUUGCCUUUUAUGUUUUAGUCAGUAUUAUAUGUCAUUUCGUGUCAUAUAUUCAGUGUUCACAUUUUUUCAAUGUAACUGACGUCCACUGAAUCCAACCAACCUCACGGGAUCAGCACUGAACUGGGAAGUGCUUCUCCUGGUUUCUGCCCCCCCCCCAUCCCCCACGUGCACUACCCUCCCCACAUUGUCCCUCCCCUUCCACCCUUCCCCAGCCUCCUCUCCCCCUCCACUUCCCUUUGGCCCCGCAGCCCUCGCCAAACCAGCAAAAAAGGUGGAGGACGACCUUCCUCUUGGCCUCCUGCAGUCCCAACUCCGUCGUUGUGGAUAGAUGUCUUUCCAGGCCGCCCCCUCCCUCCCUUUUGACCCCCCUCCCCUCCCCCUCCCCUCCCCGAAAGACUUAGCCAGCCCUGUUUCGUCUGGAAGGUUCCUCCCCUGGCCGCCCUCACGCCUUAGGUGUAUGGUCAACAAAUUUACACGUGUGGGCGCCCAAGGGAGUCUUUGGGUGGGAUCCUGUUUGAACAUUGCGUUCACUCCAAACAUAAGUAUCCAUAUUGCAACAGUGAGAGAUAACCAUAAAGUUUUGCAACGUAUGAGAGAAAAAGCUAUUAUAUAUAUACCCAGCAAUACCAUAAAUACUGUUGGAAAAGAAUACCUAUCUGUUAUCUCCAAAGAAGAAAAAAAGAUAAUGAUUUUCUCAAAGUGACUAUGGAAUUCCAAAGAUAUUGGUGUCCCAUACAAUGUCUCGUUGUAUAAUUGUUUAAACGGACAAUCCAUUUGGUUUUUGCCUGAUUUAUGUAUGUGGUAGGAUCUAGAUGUUCACCGGGAAUUGUUCACAUAGCCACACACAUGUUCAGAUGACCUGAGAGUAUUUUACUUCUCUCUCCCAUUCUCUCCAUCUCUAUGUUUAUUCCUUCCCCUCCCUGUAUUUUAUUUUUAUAUGUUUAAGAUAAGUUUCUUCUGAUAUAUUUUUUAUAAGUUCGCCGCCACACUAAUGCUGGUCUGUAGUCCAUGACAAGUUUAUUGAUAAGUCGUUUGGUCUCUCUUGAA